AUAACGCUGCGAAUUGGAGUCGUCGCGGCCUGCACCCGCUGCACGGAGGCUUGGCGCGGCGCGUCUGUGCUGACGGCGCGAAGCUCAAGCGCCGGGGCCAGGCAUCGACCCGUAGCAGACCUCUUCUUCUUAAGCUCUCGACCGCUGACCGUUGCAGUUCAAACUCGCGAGACGCGCCAGACUAUCCGAAGCUUCGGAACAGCUCUGGAGCUUAAGGGCUCCAGGGCUUAAUCAGACGCGCUCGGCUCCCGCUGCUCUAUUUAUUCAGCUCUUAUCGUGAUUAGUCGCUUCCGGAGCUGAGUACUCCCACAAGAUGUGGGUUGACUGGAGCUUAAUAGCGCUUAAUCAUCUUCUCAAGAUUUAGAGGCAGGUUUGGAGGUGGAGGAGAAAUCGUACAGUAGGAUGUGUUUUGUUACUGGAGUGCACACGCGUGAAAUCCAAAGAUGUCCGGAAUUGCAUCAGCAGGCGUGGACAGCAGUUCGUCGAACUGUCUGUGAUGGAUAAUGACAUGCUCGUGGAAGGAGAUUCUCUAAGGGCAGCAACUGGUGUAGCAGAUAGAUCGUGCGUAAGGAAUUUCAUAUUUGGAACUCACAAUUCGGGCUUUGUGGCCAUAGAUUGGUAGUGUCGAGGUUCCCAAUCUGGCGAGGGCGGAACCGAGUUCGUCCUCACUGACAGCAUUGACGCGGCGUCGUCUGAAGUGGUCGAUUCUUCGAUGGGGCAGCUUGCAAGGUACUCGCCGUGGCGCGUCCUCUUCAUUCUGCUCGCAGCUCUCAUCGUAUUUCUCGUCUUCCUAACUUCCGGGGGUUCCACCAAACCCAAGCGAACAGCGCUGGAGCUAGCGGCCAGCACCAAAGCGGACAACAGCUCCGAGCAAUCCGUGUGCUUGAUCUUGGCUCCUUCCCCGAAUCUCACCCAAUUCGUCGACGCUCUUCCGAUCAUUCCCAUCAUCAACGUGUCGACGGGAGAAAAAAUUGUCAUGAAGGCCUUCACUAUCCACCAGAAGCUGCACAGGGAUCUUCCGCCGACGAGACUAUACGGAUUCGGGACGAGCGAGAGCAACGCCCAGUACCCGGGGCCGGCACUGCAGGCGACGAGGAAUGUGCGCAGUCGUAUCAGAUGGGAGAAUCACAUCGCCGACGAGCAGCACUUUUUGGCACUGGACAAGACCAUACUGGCUGCGCUACCACGUAGAGGUGGGGUGCCCAUAGUCACGCACCUACACGGCAUGGAACUGGAGCCCAAGUACGACGGGCACCCGGAGGCCUGGUUCACCAAGUAUGGCGAGACGGGGCCUCGAUACGUAACCCAGGACUACGAGUACCUCAACACGGUACUCCCUUCGAUGCUGUGGUACCACGACCACAGCAUCGGGAUCACUCGGUUGAACUUGGCCGCCGGGCUCGCCGGUCCCUACGUGGUUCGGGGCUCCAAGCACGAGGAGCCGACGUCGCUGCCCAAGGGAGAUCAGGAAAUAUUCCUCUUCAUUCAGGACAAGCAGCUCUUCGCCAACGGGUCGAUCAACUUCCCCUCGGUCGGCGACGACGUGACGAUGCACCCGGUUUGGUGCCCGGGCUACUACGGGGACACCAUGGUCGUGAAUGGUAAGGUCUGGCCAUACCACGAAGUGUUCCCGUUCAAGUACCGGCUCAGGAUCCUGAACGGCGCCAGCGAGCGCUUCCUCGACUUGCAAAUCAACCACGGCAACAAGACGCUGCCCUUCCAUAAGAUAGGCACAGACGGCGGCUACCUGCGGAGCUCCGUCCGGCUGAACCACCUGGUCCUCUCACCCGGUGAGCGCAUCGACUGCGUCGUCGACUUCACGGGCCUGAAAGCCGGCGAUCGAGUCCUGCUCAACAACACCGGCAACGUGGCGUACCCCGGCGGGCCCCCGCUGGACGCCGGUGACAAGAUGCGGGCAGUCCUGGAGUUCCGGAUCGUGGCGAACUCCACCGCCGACAGGAGCCGGAUUCCUAAGAACUUGAGCGACUACUCGCCGCCCGUGGUUCCGGCGGCGAACCGGACGCGGUUCAGGCACUUCAUCCUCACGGAGACCAUCAACAACGCCGGGAACGGGACGGAGCUGCUCCUCGCCAACCGCAGCUUUCAAGACCCGGUGACGGAGAUCUCGCACCUGGGAGCGACGGAGAUCUGGCAGUUUAUCAGCCUGACGCCAAGCGUGGCACAUCCCAUCCAUCUCCACCUGGUGAAGUUCCACGUGCUGGACGUGCAGCCGAUGGACACCGGCUCGUACCUGAACUCGACCUGCUCGCUGAUAUACGACUACGGGCAGCCCGGGAGCUGCUUCUUGGGCCCGUCGCGGCCACCGGACCCUCAGGAGAUCGGCUGGAAAGACAUCGCCUCGGCCUGGCCCGGCAACGUCACUCGCAUCCUCGUCACCUUCCGCUCGCAGGACGGCUCCGCCUUCGGGUUCGAUCCCACCGGCGAGCCCGGUUUCCUGUGGCACUGCCACCUGCUCAGUCACGAGGACAACUCCAUGAUGCGGCCCAUGAAUGUCGUCUACUGAUGAGCGAGCAGUAAAUUCGAUUCUGCUCUCGCGCAGGCGCCAGGCCCAGCCCUCGUCUGGAACGACUCGUCGACGCAUUCGAGAGUCGAAUCCAGCGGCGAUGCCUCCGAUGGUAUGGAUCCGUGGGCACUGUCCGAAUUGUUAGCGUAUGCAGCUGCAACGAAAAUGCUCUCGUAUUGGCUCAUUGCGUGCACUCGGAGAUUUAGAGCUUGUUAGAAAAGUGUGGCAGCGACAUCCUGAACUAGGAGCUCGCGGGCUGACUGCGGAUGCUUGGCAGCAGUCGCUGGUCACCUGGAUGCAUGAUCUCAGACCAGUGUUAUACAGUAUAAUAAGUUAGAGCUACACAUGAAGCAAGCUUCUGAGCUGCAGGCAGAAUAUCGGGCACACUGCUGCUAAUUGACUCCCGGACUUAAUUACAGGCUUAUGGCUAUAAUGUCCACAGCUGGUUUUCGAUGACCUCGUGUGCCUCAGCGUUGAUCCAGAGAUGAAUUUUGUUGAACAGCCUCGGUGAUGGGAUUAAAUUUCCUGGACGCCAGAGGUUUAUCGUCGAAAGCUCUACUCUAUAGUCACCAUAUACAACAACUCAUUGACUGGCAUGUGAAAACUCUAAUGGCACUGCAGUAGAAUGUUAGAUAGAUCUCGGAGUGUCGCACCUCAAAAAAUCCUUAGCUAUUGUAUAUAUGGGAAGACAUGCUGCUUAACGCAUCAACAGCAUUCUUAUUCCUCGGCACUGUAACUUGCUAUACAGAUAUUGCUUCGCAGUAGUACAUUAUGAAAAAUCAGUUUUCUGCACGG